UGUUGGACAAUGAUUGGACUUCAGUUUGCGAAGAUGAAAGCUAAAGAUUUAUUUUUAUAUCAAUCAACUUGGGAGCUUACAUGUCGUCACAUUUAUUACAGUCCAAAUACCGUUUUAUUUUUAGGUAGCGACUUCUGGAGCAUUAGUGUAAGCCCAGGAUGGUUCCAGUCCUCAUGUUUAAGUCCACAUUAAAUCUGGUAGUAUUUUAGUCCCACUGCUGGUCAAAAACUGUUGCUCCAUGUGAUCAUACUAGCUUUAAUUUAGUCACGUGAGACACUUUAAGGUUCUGGGUCUCACAUUUGCUUUGUUUUUCUUUGGAGCUUUACUGGAAACCAAACACUAUUGCGUACGAGCUGCAGAAGCAGGAGGGGAAGUUGGCAAGAAUGAACUGCUUUCUGUUUGGUCUGUCAGAGGCAGCUGACCUUUUGGAAGGAAAUCGCUGCUCUUUGCUUCUUCCUGUAACUGCAGCCGGUAAAAGAACAUAGACACAGAAGCCAUUAUCCUGGCUGAUGUCUUGGGGCAGACGCUGUUGGUUAAGAGCAGACUGUCAACAUGGCUGUGUGGAUCCAGGCCCAGCAGCUGCAAGGAGAUGCCCUCCAUCAGAUGCAGGCUCUGUACGGCCAGCAUUUCCCCAUCGAGGUGCGCCAUUACCUCUCCCAGUGGAUUGAAAGCCAGCCUUGGGACUCAAUAGAUCUUGAUAAUCCACAGGAGAACAUUAAGGCCACCCAGCUCCUGGAGGGCCUGGUGCAGGAGCUGCAGAAGAAGGCGGAGCACCAAGUGGGGGAAGAUGGGUUCUUACUGAAGAUCAAGCUGGGGCACUAUGCCACGCAGCUCCAGAACACGUAUGACCGCUGCCCCAUGGAGCUAGUCCGCUGCAUCCGGCACAUUCUGUACAAUGAACAGAGGCUGGUCCGAGAAGCCAACAAUGGUACCUCUCCAGCUGGAAGUCUUGCUGACAUCAUGUCCCAGAAACACCUUCAGAUCAACCAGACAUUUGAGGAGCUGCGACUGGUCACACAGGACACUGAGAAUGAACUGAAGAAGCUGCAGCAGACUCAAGAGUAUUUCAUCAUCCAGUAUCAAGAGAGCCUGAGGAUCCAGGCUCAGUUUGCCCAGCUGGCCCAGCUGAACCCCCAGGAGCGUCUGAGCCGGGAGACAGCCCUGCAGCAGAAGCAGGUGUCCCUGGAGACCUGGCUGCAGCGAGAGGCCCAGACGCUGCAGCAGUACCGUGUGGAGCUGGCCGAGAAGCACCAGAAGACCCUGCAGCUGCUGCGGAAGCAGCAGACCAUCAUUCUGGAUGAUGAGCUGAUCCAGUGGAAGAGGCGGCAGCAGCUGGCUGGGAAUGGAGGGCCCCCCGAGGGCAGCCUGGACGUGCUGCAGUCCUGGUGUGAGAAGUUGGCGGAGAUCAUCUGGCAGAACCGGCAGCAGAUCCGCAGAGCUGAGCACCUCUGCCAGCAGCUGCCCAUCCCCGGCCCCGUGGAGGAGAUGCUGGCUGAGGUCAAUGCCACCAUCACGGACAUCAUCUCAGCCCUGGUGACCAGCACGUUCAUCAUUGAGAAGCAGCCCCCUCAGGUCCUGAAGACUCAGACCAAGUUUGCAGCCACCGUGCGCCUGCUGGUGGGUGGGAAGCUGAACGUGCACAUGAACCCGCCCCAGGUGAAGGCCACCAUCAUCAGUGAGCAGCAGGCCAAGUCGCUGCUCAAGAACGAGAACACCCGCAAUGAUUACAGUGGCGAGAUCUUGAACAACUGCUGUGUGAUGGAAUAUCACCAGGCCACAGGCACGCUCAGUGCCCACUUCAGAAACAUGUCCCUGAAACGAAUUAAGAGGUCUGACCGUCGUGGAGCAGAGUCGGUGACUGAAGAAAAGUUUACAAUUCUGUUUGAAUCACAGUUCAGCGUUGGUGGGAAUGAGCUGGUUUUCCAAGUCAAGACUCUGUCCCUCCCGGUGGUGGUGAUUGUCCACGGCAGCCAGGACAACAAUGCGACAGCCACUGUUCUCUGGGACAAUGCUUUUGCAGAAUCUGGCAGGGUGCCAUUUGCCGUGCCUGACAAAGUGCUGUGGCCGCAGCUGUGUGAAGCGCUCAACAUGAAAUUCAAGGCCGAAGUGCAGAGCAACAGGGGCCUGACCAAGGAGAACCUCGUGUUCCUGGCACAGAAACUGUUCAACAGCAGCAGCAGCCACCUCGAGGACUACAACAGCAUGUCCGUGUCCUGGUCCCAGUUCAACAGGGAGAAUUUACCAGGACGGAAUUACACUUUCUGGCAGUGGUUUGAUGGUGUGAUGGAAGUGUUAAAAAAACAUCUCAAGCCUCAUUGGAAUGAUGGGGCUAUUUUGGGUUUCGUGAAUAAGCAACAGGCCCAUGAUCUACUCAUUAACAAGCCUGACGGGACCUUCCUGCUGAGAUUCAGUGACUCUGAAAUUGGCGGUAUCACCAUUGCUUGGAAGUUCGAUUCUCAGGAAAGAAUGUUUUGGAAUCUGAUGCCUUUUACCACCAGAGACUUCUCCAUCCGAUCCCUGGCCGACCGCCUGGGGGACCUGGAUUACCUUAUCUACGUGUUCCCUGACCGGCCGAAAGAUGAUGUAUACUCCAAAUAUUACACACCAGUUCCUUGCGAGCCUGCCACUGCUAAAGCAGUGGAUGGUUACGUGAAGCCACAGAUCAAGCAAGUGGUCCCUGAGUUUGUGACAUCUGCAGACUCUGCUGGGGGCAGCGCCACCUACAUGGACCAGGCCCCCUCCCCCGCCGUGUGCCCCCCGGCUCACUAUAACAUGUACCCACAGAACCCUGACUCUGUCCUUGACACGGAUGGGGACUUCGAUCUGGACGACACAAUGGACGUGGCGCGCCGUGUGGAGGAGCUCUUAGGCCGGCCUAUGGACACUCAGUGGAUCCCUCAUGCGCAGUCGUGACCUCGCCUGUUCAUCUUCAGCUUCUUUGUCCUCGUCAGAGGAGUUACUCUUGUGGAUGUUUUAAUUCCAUGAAUCGCUUCUCUUUGGAAACAAUACUCAUAAUGUGAAGUGUUAAUACUAGUUGUGACUUUAGUGUUUCUGUGCAUGGUGGCACCAGUGAAGGGAGUGCGUGUGCGUGUGUGUGUGCGUGUUUGUGCGUUGUGGUGCUUCUCUCCCUUGCUGUCCAGAGUUCAGCUGCAGCAUCGGGGCAACACGGGCUGUGGUGGUUUUAACCUUGUGAAAGGGCAGUUCCAUGAACCCUGGAACUUGGCCGUGUGUCUUGAGGGUGCCUGAACUUUGACAUGUGGCUUUUCAAGUAAGAGAAGGACAAAGGGAGGAGAAAGCACCUCUCUGGUGAGUCUUUGUCACUGUGUCUGCCAAGCAAUUGUUAUAUAACCAUGAUUGUUGCCGCUUUUCUUCUGAAAUGUGGAAACCGCCUUUUGACAAAGAAAGCUAGUCCUCCCUCCCCUUCCCCCUGCCCCUUUCUGGGUAGGGGUGGGAAAAGGGGCAGCAUAAGGAAGAUUGUUGGGACAAGGGGAGUCAGGGGUCUUCAGAUGGGUAGUGGCUUUUUAAAUAACACUUAACCCAUCUUAAUGUUCUCUCUGUCCCUCCUUCCCUCCCUGUCUCCCUCCCUCCUCCUCUCACUCGGUUCCUCUGUGUGUACACAUGUGCAGACGAACUAGAGGAAAGAAGAGAGGGUCAUGUAACCGAAGCUUACAGUGUUGUCGUCCUUUGUGUUGCGGCCAGAGUGGAACGCCCAGCCCUGCCUCAGGCGCCGUCAAUGCCUUGUCGCCCAGGGAAGCUGCCAUCCAAUCUGCCCAUCCUUCCUCCGAGCUGGAAGGCUUAUUGAUAACAGCUUUUGCAAACGUUGACUGCCAUUCUUGUUUCUAAAUUGGAACUUCUUGUUUUCCCCUCCCCACCCUAAUUUGACAUCAAAAUUCUUUUUUCCUGUAUCUGGUCCUGUGCCACUCAUACCCAGGUCACAUCAUUUCCCUUCACUGUUCACACACGAUGUCUCGGGGAGUGGGUAGCAGGAAUGUGGUCUGAACCCAGGGCCAGCACGUUCAGCAGGUAUUGCCCACCUGGUUCAGGGUGCUGGGUGUCAGGCGUUGGUAAUUUGGGGAAAUGCAGUCAGCGGGUUUGCUGAAAGUUUGGUAAGCUGCGAAAGCAAAACAAAAAGCCUCAGCAUAGUUUUGUCCAUAGUGGCUUUCGUGGCCUUGCACCAGAAGGAAGGGCUGGGCUGUGGCAGGCAGGUGGGAACAGGGGAGCAGGCAUAGCGUUCGGGCUGGGCCUGCAAGGUCACCCCCAGCUCCCCUCUCCCAAAGGACAUGACCACACCCAGGAGAGAAUGGCCCUAAAAACCUUAUUUUUAUACAUGUGAGUAAAUAAACAUAUUUUUUUUACAAAAAUAACUUCUGAACUUAUCAGUGUUUUGAUGUUAAAGGAAAAUAUUUCUCUGUAGUAAAUUAUUUAUUGGAAGAUGACUUUUUAAAAGCUGCUGUUUGCCCUGGCUUGGUCUCAUACACUGAUUUAUUUUUCUAUGCCAGGCGGUAGAAUCUCUCUGCCUGAGGAGCAGGCUGACCCCUCCAUGGAUACCAGCACUGGUGUCGGAUGCUGCUAAACCCCUUACGUAUCCCUCAAGAUUAGACGAAAAUCCACCUGUGAGGAUGGGCGUGUGGGGGAUGGGCGAAGCGGAGGCCUGCCAGCUCUCAGACAGUCUUACAGAGCCCUUGCCUGUCCCUCAGGGGGCACCAACAUCUGCCUCCGAGUGAGUGCUGAGUGCCGCCCCAUUGUCCCAGCAGGGGCAGAUUGGUGGCGGGCCCAGCCCCAGGACAUGCUGAGGUAGAGCUCUCACUUUUCAGUUGGCAGUGGGGUUGGGGGCACGGGUGCCAAGUGUGGGGCCCCCGUUUGCACAGUUGCUGAACUGUCCUCAGUUUUCCUGAGGCUACCUCUGCCGAGGGGAGAGACUCUCGACUGAAAGGUGCGCUCGCUAUCUGCAUUAUACUUUCUCUCUUCUCUCCGUCCCGCAACCUGAAGAGGCGGUGGGAAGCCCUGACCUCCUUUGUCUCACAGGCUCCCAGACACCGACGUGGUCAGAGUCCCAACUCCAUGUGUGCUGCGCGCAGGGCUUUGUAGGGUGGGGGUGGGGGACAAAGUGAAUAUAACUUAAAAUGGAAGUAUACUUUUUAUAACUUUUCUUUUUAAAACUUUGUGAAAUUAUUUCAGAUACAUAUUUUAGUGUUGAGGCAGAUUAGUAUAUAGCCACCAAAAAAGUAUUGUGUACAAUUUUACUUGGGGA